CCUUGGAAGUAUCUAUAUCGAUGCAGACACACACGACUGUAUAUAUACACACAUGUAUUACUACUUCACUGUAUCAUUUUUUCUCUCUCUAAAUAUUCGAAUCUUGAACUUUUUCAUUUUCACUAUUCGAUGUUAACUGUGUCUCCUCUCAUCGUUAACACAACCUCAAGAGAAAACUAUAUGGCGGCGGAUUUCUCAGAUUUUACGACGGAACGCUUGCCGGACUUCACGAUGGUCGGAGAAGGAAGUCUUGAUCUUCUUGGAGGAAUCGAUUACUACGACGACUUUUUCAUUGGGUUCGAUGGAGAUGAUGCUUUACCCGAUUUGGAGAUUGAUUGCGAUAUUCUCGGGGAAUAUUCCGGCAGUGGGAGAGAUGAUGAACAAGAAAUGGAGGGAAACAGUUCGACAGCGUCGGAGACGUCAGAGAGAGACGGUGGUGUGGUUAAGCUUGAUGGUGGUGAUAGUACUCACAAAAUGGUGCGUAGAGGAAAACGUAAAGGGAAGAAAAAUAAAGAUUGUUUAUCAGUUGACAAUGAAAUUAAGAAAAAACCCAAGGUGGACUGGACGCCGGAGUUACACCGGAAUUUCGUACAAGCUGUGGAGCAACUAGGGAUAGACAAAGCAGUGCCAUCUCGGAUUUUAGAAAUUAUGAACGUUAAAUCUCUCACUCGUCACAACGUUGCAAGCCAUCUCCAGAAAUAUAGGUCACAUCGGAAACAUUUACUAGCGCGUGAAGCAGAAGCUGCGAGCUGGAAUCUCAGGCGGCAUGCUACGGUGGCAGUUGCCGGAUUAGGAGGGAAAAAACCGUGGAUGGCUCCUGCCUUGGGCUAUACACCAAACGUGACACAGAUGCAUCACGGCCACUUCAGGCCUUUACACGUGUGGGGUCAUCCUACAUGGCCUAAACACAAGCAUAACCAUCCAUCUUCGUCUACUCAUCGGACAUAUCAAAUUCCGGCUGUUGCAGCACCUCCGUCAUCUUGGCCAGGUCAGCCGCCAUAUUGGCACCAACAAGCACUAUAUCCACAGGGAUAUGGUAUGGCUACACCGAAUCAUUCGAUGUAUAAUAAUAAAUCAGAAACGAGCAUUGGUGUUCCCACAAGACAAUUAAGCCCCACCACUAAUCCGCCUAUCGACAUUCAUCCCUCUAAUGAGAGUAUAGACGCAGCUAUAGGAGACGUCAUCACAAAGCCGUGGCUACCUCUUCCUCUAGGACUGAAACCGCCCUCAGUUGACGGCGUCAUGACCGAAUUACAACGUCAAGGCGUUCCUAAUGUUCCUCCUCUUCCUUGAGAGAGCAAAAUUCGCCGAAAUCACAAUUGUUGAAUUCGCCUUUUUGGGUAUCUUUCUAAGUAUUUUUGCAAGGAAUACAAUAUAAUUCCUUGUUGCUUGAUCAUAUGUGUUCAAUAUGAGUUCAUCUAUCGAAGUUAAAGCAAGUCUGUUUUUAUCUAA